CCGGUACAGAAUCACGAUGUCAAAACAACCCAGGUCUUGAACUACCCGCUGAUGUGUCCAUUGCUACAUUUUCGACCGACGCUCUACGGGAUGCACAGUCUUUACACGGUACGUACGAUAUCAAGACGCAGGAUGGGGAGUGUCAGUACAAGAAUGAUGGGAAGGGAAAUGCCGGUGCGGUUUGGUGUGGUGACCAGGGGCAUGUUUGUAAAGAACAUCCCGGGAGACUAGAUGCUGAGUAUUG